AUGCAUCAAGCUGGCAGAACUACCAUGGUAAAGGCUGUCCUGAACUCCAUUCCUACUUAUAAAAUGAGCACUUUUAAAAUGCCUAAAAAUCUACUGAGGAAGUUAGAUACUAUCCAAAGAAGGUUUUGGUGGGGUUUUAAAUCCAACAGAGGUUCAAAUCUUAUUGCCUGGCAGAAUAUGUGCUUAUCCAAAGACCUUGGAGGCCUAGCAUUCAUAGACUUGGAAAUGUUAAAUCAUGCUCUACUUACUAAGUUAGCUUGGAGAAUUUAUCAUCAGCAAGAUCAGCUACUAGGUAGACUACCUAAAGCCAAAUACUUUAAAGAUGAAAACUUCCUUCAUAUUAGUUCUGAAAAGAACAAUACUUCUUUGGUAUGGAAAGGAAUUGAGCAAGGUUUAUUCAUUCUUCAACAACAUUACUACUUUGAAGUCAACAAUGGGAAAACAACAAGAAUAUGGAUGGAUAAAUGA